AGGAAGGAAGGAAGGAUUGACUGGAAGGUACAAUCACAGUGGACAGUGGGCCUCUGACUCAUUUUUAAGAUCUUGAGCAAGUCCUUUGAUCUCCCUGAGCUGCUUUCUUCCCCCCCCCCCCCCUCCCCGCCGCCCCUGUGAAGGCAGAGGUGUUGAACUCAUCUCGGGGCACUGCAGAGCAGGAUUAACGCAGUGAUGUUAAUAAUACCGAGCACUGCUGUGGACAGGGCGCUGUAGUCAAGAAUCCUAGGAGGAAAUAGUAUUUCACCUCCACUCUAUAGAAGAGGGAACCGGCACGGAGAGGCAGUGGACCCUCUCCUCCUGCAGAAGGGGGAUUUGAUUACGUUUCAGAGGAAGGACGAGGGCUCCGACUCAGCAACGAAGAGGACCCAUGGUCAGAAGAUGUCACUGAGCGGCGGUAGCCACCGACGUAUGAGAGACCAACCCUCCAGCCCCGCCCCGAAGCAGGCAACCCAACUCCGCCCCCCGCGUCGUCAUGGCAACACUCUCCGCACAUGCGCCCCUUGCACCCGGACCUGGCCUGGUGAAGCUCAUCAAAGCCAAGAGGAUUGCGGCCCGCAGAAGCAGGCCGAGCGGACUGGGCGGCUGGAGGGGGAGCAGGAGCGUGGGAAGAACUUUUAAAGGGGCGCGCAGGGGCUGCCGAUGCAUUCUGCCAUCUCCCACCCCGUCCCGGUGCCCAGCCAUGACCAGACCACCCGCCCCUGGCUCAGUGAUUGUCCCCGACUGGCACGAAAGCGCCGAGGGCAAGGAGUGCCUGACCUGCAUCCUGCGCAAGAGCCGCCGGCGGGUGUUUGGGCUGCUCGAGCGACCAGUGCUGCCCCCAGCUGUGGCCAUUGACACGGCCAGCUACAAGAUCUUCGUGUCUGGGAAGAGUGGUGUGGGCAAGACGGCGUUGGUGGCCAAGCUCGCUGGCCUGGAGGUGCCCGUGGCACACCAUGAGACCACUGGCCCAGGUGACUGGCAGAGCAAAGGAGGAAUGGACUGUGGGCCGCCUGCCACCCUCCAGCCCCACCUGGCUGGACCACCUGGUACUGCCUGCCACCCAGUAGCUGUGUGCCAGCAGGAGAGUCUGUCCUUUGUGGAGUUGCCCGCCCUGCAGCCCCCAAGCUCUGUGUGUCUGGAUCUCUUCCCUGUCACCCCAGAGGAGCUGCAGGCUCCUGGCAGCCGCUGGUCCCUGGGGACCCCUGCUCCUCUCCAAGGGCUGCUAUGGUCACCGUCCCCAGGAAUCCCAGACACCGAGAUCUCUCCCAGUGGGGGGAUGCGGCCCAGCAGGGCUGGCAGCUGGCCACACUGUCCUAGUGCCCAGCCCCCACCUCUGGAGGGACCCUGGAGUCCCCAGCACCCACAGCCUCAGCGCCGGGCCAGCCAUGGCUCGGAGAAGAAGUCAGCCUGGCGCAAGAUGCGGGUGUACCAGAGCGAAGAGGCCCCUGGCAGCCCCGAGGCCCAUGCUGUCUUCCUGGAGCCUGGCCAGGUGGCAGAGCCGCCUCUGAGCACAGAGGAGCCUCGGCCUCUAGAGCUGGCGGGGCCCACCCGAGGGGGCCUGGAGGGGCCGGAGCGGAGGCGCUUCUCGGCCUCUGAGCUGAUGACCCGGCUGCACUCUUCCCUGCGCCUGGGGCGGCACUCCGCAGCCAGAGCACUGGCCCAAGGGGCAGGCGCUGGAGCAGCCCGGGAAGGGAAAGCGUCUGGCAGGGAGCCGCGUAGCGCAGAGAUGAGGGUGGACGGCGCGGCGAUGGCAGCCCCUGUGGACCCCAGCGGGAGCCACGGCAGCGGGCCCGCGUCCAGGCUGGAAUCGCAGGAAGAGCCGGCUCAGGGUUCCAGAAGCGCCAGCGAGCGACGACAGUCACGGUUCCUCCUUAACUCUGUCCUCUACCAGGAAUACAGCGACGUGGCCAGCGCCCGCGAGCUGCGGCGGCAGCAGCGCGAGGAGGAGGGCCCGGGGGACGAGGCCGAGGGCGCGGAGGAGGGGCCCGGGCCGCCGCGCGCCAACCUCUCCCCCAGCAGCUCCUUCCGCGCGCAGCGCUCGGCGCGAGGCUCCACCUUCUCGCUCUGGCAGGACAUCCCCGACGUGCGGGGCAGCGGCGUCCUGGCCACGCUGAGCCUGCGCGACUGCAAACUGCAGGAGGCCAAGUUUGAGCUGAUCACGUCCGAGGCCUCAUACAUCCACAGCCUGUCGGUGGCCGUAGGCCACUUCUUGGGCUCAGCUGAGUUGAGUGAGUGUCUGGGGGCGCAGGACAAGCAAUGGCUGUUCUCCAAACUGCCCGAGGUCAAGAGCACCAGCGAGAGGUUCCUGCAGGACCUGGAGCAGCGACUGGAGGCAGAUGUCCUGCGCUUCAGCGUGUGUGACAUUGUGUUGCACCACUGCCCUGCCUUCCGCCGGGUCUACCUGCCCUACGUCACCAACCAGGCCUACCAGGAGCGCACCUACCAGCGCCUGCUCCUGGAGAACCCCAAGUUCCCUGGCAUCCUGGCUCGCCUAGAGGAGUCUCCCGUGUGCCAACGCCUGCCCCUCACCUCCUUCCUCAUCCUGCCGUUCCAGAGGAUCACCCGCCUCAAGAUGCUGGUGGAGAACAUUCUGAAGCGGACAGCACAGGGCUCUGAAGACGAAGACAUGGCCACCAAGGCCUUCAAUGCGCUCAAGGAGCUGGUGCAGGAGUGCAACGCCAGUGUGCAGUCCAUGAAGAGGACGGAGGAGCUCAUCCACCUCAGCAAGAAGAUCCACUUUGAGGGCAAGAUCUUCCCACUGAUCUCCCAGGCCCGCUGGCUGGUGCGGCACGGGGAGCUGGUGGAGCUGGCCCCUCUGCCCGCGGCGCCCCCGGCCAAGCUGAAGCUGUCCAGCAAGGCGGUCUACCUGCACCUCUUCAAUGACUGCUUGCUUCUCUCCCGACGGAAGGAGCUGGGCAAGUUUGCCGUUUUUGUCCACGCCAAGAUGGCCGAGCUGCAGGUGAAGGACCUGAGCCUGAAGCCCCAGGGCAUCCCUGGCCACGUGUUCCUCCUUCAGCUCCUGCACGGGCAGCACACGAAGCACCAGUUCCUGCUGAGGGCCCGCACGGAAAGUGAGAAGCAGCGGUGGAUCUCUGCCAUGUGCCCCUCCAGCCCCCAGGAAGACAAGGAGGUCAUCAGCGAGGGGGAAGUCUCUCUUGGGCUGUCAGACCGCCCCCAGGUCCAGUGUGUCCGGACAUACAAGGCCCUGCAGCCAGACGAGCUGACCUUGGAGAAGACUGACAUCCUGGCAGUGAGGACCCGGACCAGUGAUGGCUGGCUGGAGGGCGUCCGCCUGGCAGACGGCGAGAAGGGGUGGGUGCCCCAGGCCUACGUGGAAGAGAUCAGCAGCCUCAGUGCCCGCCUCCGAAACCUCCGGGAGAAUAAGCGGAUCACGAGUGCCACCAGCAAACUGGGGGAGCCCCCUGCGUGACGGGCAGCCGUGGCCGGGACCCCCGCUCCGUGCCCGCUCCGGGACAGGUCUGGGGGGGACCUGCAGUGUCUCCGUUCCCCAAGCCUCUGCUGCUGGGACUUCUGCUCUGUGGCCCGGCAUCGAGGGGACAGCUGUUCCCUUGCUUCUCGGUGCCCGCUCUUCAGGGCCGAGGGCGGUUCCUUCCGCUGGCAUGGGGGCCGCAACAGGGGGCCUCUGAUAUCUGGCAAGGAUUGGGGCCCUCUGUCUUCCGUGUCCUUGACCCUGCCUGACUCUUGGUCCCUUCACCAGGGGCCUGGCAGGGAAAGGCUCCGGUACUAAUGGGUCCUGCAGCCUGUGUAUCUGGGGUCUUCUGGUCAGAGCCUGUGUGGGUCCUGGUUGUGAUUUGUCUGUAAAUAAACUCCCAUCAUGCCUUU